AUGGCACCAGGCGCGCGCUCGGAGGAAGCGUGGCUAUGGCAUACAGCAGUCUGUGAAGCGAUACAGGAGAUACCUUCUGGUAGAGUGACGACUUACGCGCACAUUGCAAGGCUGGUUGGGAAACCGCAGUGCCCGAGACAAGUCGGCGUUUGUCUCAAGCAUCUGCCUCCGCCAUCAACAGACCCAGAAAAGGAAAGCCCAGCCUUCCACAGUGGCAACGUGCCCUGGCAGCGCGUGAUCAACUCUAAAGGCGGCAUCAGCCCCAGAGGACCAGGCGCCGCAAGCCGUCAGGCUGAUGCCUUGAGAGCUGAAGGCGUGGAGGUCGACGAGGAUAGCAUGAACAUUUACACCGUCAACCUCAAAGACUAUGGGUGGUUCCCAGAUAUCCUUCCAAGUGAAACAGGUUUAUUAGAGAGCAGCGACGAAGACGAUGAGGAGACGGCAGCCUAUCACACCUGA